GCUGCAACUAUGAACAACUCCUCUAGGUAACGCAUGUCACCAGCUUAAUAUGCUUUAAACGAGCGCUCAGGCCAUCGACUUUCGAAGCCAGGCUGUCAGAGUCUCGUGGGCAGACCAGAUGCCCGCUGCAGCUGGGUAGGCACCCUUGUGGCUCGCCCCUGAAGAUGGUUGAAAACUUCGUCGGCAGCGACCAGCUCGUGUCACCUCCACAGAAGAAACCAAGAUCCCCCCCAAAGCCAGUCCGUAGAUUAGAGAAGCCCUCCUCUUCUUACUCCAACAUCUCACCCUGCAUCUGCAGAGAACUGCACUACCAAUGCAAUCCCGUAUCAUGUCCUCAAGCUCGCUUCUGCCAGCCAGCGUAUGAUGCUUUGAGGAAGGAAGAACGGUUUCAGAUCUAUUUCGAUAUUUCUGUGGAGGAAUUGGCAAGGACGACGGGAGAGGGAUGUAGUGUGUGUGGUGUUUUUUAUGAGGGGUUUCAAAAGCAUGUUGAGAAGUUUGAUGUGGAGGGGAUAUUGGGAUUGAGAGAGGAAGAAGGAGAAGGAGGCUUAGAGGAGCGGGAUGUAUUUUUAAGGGUGCCGCUGGGGAGUAACUAUCGCUUUUCUUUUGACGUUGGAAAAGAGAGGAGGGGGGAGAUCAGACCGAGUAUCGGGCCAUUGGAGUUCUUUAAACCACAAGUUUCAGAAUGGUCCGACUCAUGCCGUGUCUUCGAACCCGCUGGAUACGUUUCUCCGUCCACGAGCUCAUAUCACACCUUUGAAAACAUUCAUCACUGGAUCGAUACGUGCCGUAGGGAGCAUCCCAUGUGUCCCGGCUUAAAGCUAAAACCAAACGAACUACCUAGCCUGCUUGUUGACGUUGGACCACAUAGCGAUGGUGCCCAUUGCAAACUUCGUGAGACGAGAGGGCAGAAAGGACAUUACCUUACUCUCAGCCAUUGCUGGGGCAAAACCAAGAUGUUCCGUACCACCACUGCAACACUCGAAGCUAGGAAAUUGGCGAUCAGUUUAGAGGGGCUGUCCCAGACGUUUCGAGAUGCUUGCUCAUCACGCGCCGGUUGGGCUUCCGAUAUCUCUGGAUUGACAGUUUGUGUAUCAUAUAAGAUGAUCCGAGGGACUGGGAAGCCGAAUCGGCAAAGAUGUGCUCAAUAUACGAGCUUUCAUUCCUGAUGAUAUCAGCUGCUCACGGAUCAGAUGGAGAAGCUGGCUGUUUUGUAGAAAUGGCCGAGGACCAACAGUCCUACGAGAUCCCUGGAGUUUCUGGCGGUGGCAAGUCAGGUAUCUCCAUUCGACGGCAAAAAGGACAUCGGGACUUCGACGGUGAAGGGAUGUACGAUCAUGCUUUAUUCAAGAGGGCGUGGACGUUCCAGGAACGUUUACUGGCACCAAGAAUCAUCCACUUCAUGAAGAACGAGUGUGUGUGGGAAUGCUCAA